UGAAUGCGAUUCAGCACACGCUCAUCAAUAUUCGUCAAAAUUGUGAUUAGAAGUGAAGAAUAUAGUGAUCAGCAGCUGCACAGCGAGGUAAACGCAGGUGUUGGGUGAGUGUACACAUGCUCUUGGAAAACAUGAGGAUGAAGGGUGCUGCGACAAACAACAGUACGUGUAGCCUAGGCAUGUAACGAGCAACGCGAGAAGAAGUCACGCGUGGAUAUGAACACGAAAUUAGCCCACGUGACGAUGGGAGGGACACUGCGUCUGCGCUCGAGUAUGCCGUUGUGAUGUCGAAUUUUCCCGGCAUCACCAUCUGCUAUGUCUGCGGCGACCAGUUCGGUCCCGACGGAAUCACGGAGCACGAGGCGGAGUGCCUCAGGAACUGGCACGAGGAGAACAACCGUCUUCCAAAGAGCGAGCGCAAGUUGGCUCCCCAACAGCCCUUUGAGAGUGGUUUUAAAUUCGCGUACGAUCUGGAAUGCCUCAAUCAGCUGGCAUACGUGACGGCUCAAGGUCAGCUGCAGGCGUGUGGGAAGUGUGGGCGAAAGUUUAAUCCCGAGCGGUUGGUGGUCCACGAGCCAAACUGCAAAGCCGCGCCAAUCACGGCGAAACAACACCUUCCCGCGCAGACCAACAGGAAGAACAGCCGGGGGGCUCAGUCGAAGGUUAUGCCCACAUGCACCGACCAGAAACCCAGCGCAGAAAAGGACAACGGCAAGCAGAGCGAAUUUAACCGGAAAGUCGCCCUCCUGAGACCACAGACGGCAACGGUCCUCAAUCCGCGCAUCAUCGACGUUAACACGGCUGUCGACGUCUACCAGGAGAUCAUGGACCAGGCAUCGACCGACGACAUCUCGCAGACGUCCCCGUUGGCUGACUGCGAUUGGACGCCCAUCCCGGACGAGCAGGAGGCGAGGAGUCUCGAGAGCAUGCUCUUCGGGCCUGUCGUCGUUGUGACGCUCAGCGGCUCGGCGGCGAGCAAGCGUGACGGCAUCACUAAGGACCGGAAGGAGACGAAGAACACGUCGUUGCGCGAGAGCAUGAGCGCCGCUGCGUCAUCCGCCAGCGACGACGCUGCGUCGCCGCGCGGCAGCGAGUCGCCAGCGUCGCCGAGAAGCAGCGUGUCGCUGGCAACGACGGCGAGCGACAAGAGCGCGUUCGCGCAGACGUCGGCACCAAGGUCGCCUCGGCACAACAGCGGGUUGCGGCCGCCCGGACAGGGCACAAGCAGCAACGCGCGGCUCGCAGCCACGAGGGGCCGCGGGCGUGCGCCACCGCCGCAGUCGUACCAUGUUACGGGGAGCAGCAGGGAGCGGCGGGAGCCGAGGGAGAGGACGGCGGGGGCCGGCAGGGACCGGCGGGAGGUGGGUGAGAGCACGGCGGGGGCUGGCAGGGAGCGCCGGGAGUCGAGGGAGAGCACUGCAGGGGCCGGCAGGGAGUGCCGGGAGUCGAGGGAGAGCACGGCAGGAGCCGGCAGGGAGCGGCGGGAGGCAAAGGAGAGCACAGCGGGGGCUGGCAGGGAGCGGCGGGAGGUGGGUGAGAGCACGGCGGGAGCCGGUAGGGAGCGCCGGGAGGCGAGGGAGAGCACAGCGGGGGCUGGCAGUGGCAGGGAGCGGCGGGAGGUGGAAGAGAGUGCGGCGGACGCCGUUGGGGAGAAGCUGGAGAUGGGCGAGAGUGUAGCAAUAUUGAGCCAGAGGAGACGAGAGCAGUGGGAGAUUUCUGUCCGGAGUGGCAGAGAGAAAUUCACGAUGGCAAGGGACGUUUCUGGGACCAACAGGGGGAAACGGGAGAGCACAGACCGUGCUUCUGGGGCUAGCAAGGAGAAACGGGAGUUGGAAAAAAAUGCAUCUAGGAACAGCAAGGGGAAAUGGAAGACAGGAGACAGUGUUUUUGGGGCCAGCAGGGAGAAACCAGAAACAGGGAACAGUGCUCCCGAGGCCAGCAGGGAGAAACGGAAGAUGGCAGAUAAUACUUCUAGAGUCUGCAGGGAGAUAUGUGAGAUUGAAGAAAAUGCCUCUAGCAUCAGCCGGGAGAAAUUUGAGAUAGGGGAAAGUGCUUCUGUGGCCAGCUCGGAAAAACGGGAGGUGGGGGACAAUGAUUCCUUGGCCAGCCAGGAGAAACGGGAGACAGGGGACAGUGCUUCCGGGGCCAGCCGGGAGAAACGGGAGACAGGAGACAGUGCUUCCGGGGCCAGCAGGGAGAAACGGGAGACAGAUGACAGUGCUUUCCUGGUCAGCGAGGAGAAACGGGAGACAGGAGACAGUGCUUCCGGGGCCAGCAGGGAGAAACGGGAGACAGAUGACAGUGUUUCCCUGGCCAGCCAGGAGAAACGGGAGACAGGGGACAGUGCUUCCGGGGCCAGCCGGGAGAAACGGAAGAUGGUAGCGAGCGAAGAUGCUGCUGCCACGGCCGGCAAACCAAUGAAGACGUUGGAGACGGCGAAUUCUCUCCCACCGUGGAAGAGGCCUGCUAUACGAUCGAAGACGGCCGUCAUCAAGAAAGCCGAGCGGCAGAAGUCGUCGCCGGGUGCCAUCAGUGCGGCAUCGGGACGCCCCGAGCAGAAUCACUCUGUCGUGACCUUUGCCCUCAUGCCGGCGACCUCGUCAGAGAACAGCGUCGAUUCAUCGAGACCCGGUCCGGCGACGGCGCAGAGGCCGGCAGACGAGGGGGUCGCCGCGACGACGACGAAGCCGGAAGCUAGACGGGUGUCGGAUGCUGCCGCGCGCAGGACGGCAGCCAUCGUCACGCGCGCGUACUCUCAGCCUAACAUGCGCUCAGCGCCCGAGCCGGAAUCCGAGCCUGAGCCAACCCCCAGGGGGCGCCCGCUGUGCGUGUGCUACGUCUGCGGCCGCGAGUUCGGCAGCCGCUCGAUCUCGAUCCACGAGCCGAAGUGUCUCACCCGCUGGAAGCUCGAGAACAACCGGCUGCCGAAGGGCCGCCGCCGGCCACUGCCGCAAAGGCCUGAGGAGAGCGCCACUGUCGCGGAGCGCAACGCGGCGGCCGAGGCGUCGGCGAUGGCCCAGCUGGUGCCAUGUGUCGACUGCGGCAGACGCUUCACGGUUGAUCGGCUGCCCGUUCACGAGCGCGUCUGCGUGAAGAACAAGAAAGUUGAUUCGGUACCAAAGGAACCGGGUAAAAUUACUGAGAGUAGGCCAGACAUGAAACCACGACCUUUGAUUUGCUACAUCUGCGGCCGUGAGUACGGGACCAAAUCUCUGCCGCUCCACGAACCGAAAUGUCUCGACAAGUGGAAGCUGCAGAAUGCCAGGCUGCCAAAGGCGCAGCGUCGCAAGCCUCCCACCAAGCCUGAGAUCGGUUCAGGCGGCAUUGUGACGCGUGAGCAGCUAGAGGUGGCAGCGUACGCGAGUGCACAGUCGCAGCUGCUCCCGUGCGCUAACUGUGGCCGCACCUUCGCACCCGAGCGUCUCCCUGUGCACCAGCGCAGCUGCCGGCCUCGGCUCGACGGCCAACCCCCCACCUCCAGCCUGCAGGUCACCCAGAAACCGACGGUAGAGCUGAGGAAACCGCUAACGGUGACGUGCUACAUCUGCGGCCGCGAGUUCGGCGUACACUCGAUCCACAUCCACGAGCCGCAGUGCAUGCAGAAGUGGCACCGCGAGAACAACAAGCUGCCCGCCAGCCAGCGGCGGCCCGAGCCGAAGCGACCCGAGGUCGACCCGGAGCAGGCCGGUGGCAGCACCAGUCAGGCGUACAGGGAGGCGGUAAACAAGGCGUCGUGGGAGAGCUCACAGUCACAGCUGGUCCCCUGUCCAAACUGCAGGAGGACAUUUUUCCCUGACCGACUCACGGUGCACCAACGCAGCUGCAAGCCACAGUGAUUGGCCAGCAGAGGAGAAGAAGGGCGGCAAUCUCGUGGCAAACGGGAGAGUGAGCGGCAGACGCGCGCGUUACAGGGUCGUCGCGAUCGACUCGUGCGUCAAGGUCACCCGGGCCGCCGUUGCGCGUCGUUGCUGGGUGGGUCAAGCCGAACUGGUCCACACGCGUUUCUAGCGUGUGUACGCCCACAAGAUUGUCGACUUUGAGGCACCUUGUUGCUGCACGGUGUUUUCAGAAUCACGCUGCGGAUUGGCUGGAGGUACCGGUCGAUGUUGCUCGAGCUCAUAGGUCAGAUAUGUGGCCUAGCGAUGGGCCAGAUAGGCUGGAACGAGUGCUCUUGGUUGGGAUGUCACGCUGCUGCAGCUUGUCGUUCACGUUUCCACAACCCGGGGGAGGGGUGGUCAAUAGAUGCUUAUGGCGAACGCAAGCACAUAUGCUAGUCACGAACAGAAAUUCCCCAUAUAUCUAAUAUAUAUCAGGAGUGUAUAAUAGGGAGGAGUGUGACAUCAAUAA